AUGCUGUUGGCGGCGGAUUAUGUGGAUGCGAUUAAUGGUGUCAAUCAGGAUGUGGUGCCGGUUGUGGUGCAGAGUUUUGGUGUUGGUGUUGGCGAGGAUGGGACUGGUGAGGGAAAGGGGAAUGAGUGGGAACUGUUGACGCUGCUGGCUAAUGUGGAUCUGAAGGUGCAGGAGAACUAUAUCAGUCGGCGCGUGCUGGUGGCCCUGGGGCUGGUGGACGAUGUCAAGGCUUUCAAGAAGGGGACGGGCAAGGUGGCGGUGUUGAGCGGGCUGUUGGAGCCGAUGGUCGUGGAUGGCUAUGUGGAUGUGGAUAUCGUCAUUGGGAGUGCCACGGGCGGUGAGGAGAACGGCCUGUGGCAGUUGCUCAAGGGGCUGAGGUGGAAUGUUUACGGUGAGGACAAGGAGGGUGUUCUGGGAACUCCAGACGUUGUCCUGGGCACGAGGGUCCUGGGUGAGAUCGGCGGUCUGAGUGCUGUGCAGGGUUUCAGGAGGCAGGUCGAGGCUGGAGUGAAGGUGCUGGGCGUUGGGCACUUCGUUGGCGAUUCGACUCCGGAGAAGACGCCAGGGAAAGAUGAGCUUUGA